UUACGGCUAACGGCUUACACACAAAAAGAGAGCGUCUGGUGGUCUGGAUGAUCCAAUUCUCCUGUGUUCUUCGUUUCCUGUCCCGUCGUGUACUCGUGUGUGCCAUCUGCCAAGAAGACCCAAGAGUAGGAGGAGGAGGAGGAGCAAAGUAGAGAUGGCGUGCCCUGCGCAGUCCAUGCUCUCCCUCUCCGCCAGCGGCGGCAUCUUCCUGAGGAGCAAGCCUCAGGCGGCCGCGGCCUGCCAUGUGCGUGGGGGCAUCAUCAUCGGCGGUGGCAGCAGCAGGCCGUUCCUGCUCACCUGCAACGCUUCCUCGCCGCCGGCGCCGACGCAGGAGGACCCCGACUGCAACGAGGAGGAGUGCGCCCCGGAGAAGGAGGUCGGGAGCCUGAGCGCCGAGUGGCUGGCCGAGGAGAGGACCCAGGUCGUCGGCACUUUCCCUCCCAAGAAGAGAAAGUGGGGCUACGUCGAGAAGGACACCGCAGGCCAGACCAACAUCUACUCCGUCGAGCCGAUGGUGUACGUGGCCGAGAGCGCCAUCAGCUCCGGCACGGCGGGCACGUCGGCGGAGGGCGCCGAGAACACGGCCGCCAUCGCCGCGGGGCUCGUCCUCAUCACCGUCGCCGCGGCCUCGUCCAUCCUCAUCCAGGUGAACAAGAGCCAGCCUAAGGUGACGCCGGAAGCCGCCUACAACGGCCCGCCGCUCAGCUACUACGUCGCCAAGUUCCAACCGGCGGCGGUGGCGCAGACCCUCGAGGCCCCCGCCCCCGCCGAGGCGGUAGAGGCAGCGGCGCCAGAGGCGACGACGUCCACCGUCGACGCCUCUGCGGCUCCGGAGGCGCAGCAGCUGUCGUCGUGAGCUGGUUCGGUUUUGUCGUCGUGAGCUGAGCCUGUAGUGCAUGAUGAUGGAAGAUAUGUAUACAUGAUACACAUGAGAGCAUUUCGGAAUUGUAUCAAGUUUCAUGUUUAUACAUAUAUAUAUAUAUAUAUACACAUAUUAUAUA